CUCUCUCUCUCUCAAGAAAGAAAGAAAGAAAGAAAGAAAAAGAAAGCGUCUCAAAUCGGCUCCGCCCGAUGGGCGCAGCGCCACAGCUGGUCUGCAGCGGAAUCGGCAUCUCCACCUCCCAACAUUCAUUUCCAAACACAAACACUAGAAUUCGCAUUCCCAAACGACUUCACCGUAUUUUAGCGGUUGCCACCGACCCCAAACCCACUGGCUCCGGGUCGCCAGGCUCCUCCAAUGGCUCCUCACGCACUCCGCCAUCGAAAUCUCUCAACAGGGUUUCCAACGGCUCGCUGCCCAAAUCUCCGCCUCCAAACUCCGUCAACGGCUCCAAACCUAUCAAUGGAGUUGGAGUUUCCACGAUGAUUGAUUUUGGAAAUUGGCAGAGAAUUGGAGAUGUUUCAACUGAAAUCAAGAGAGUGAGGGCACAGAUGGAAGAAAAUGAAGACUUGGCAAUACUCAUGAGAGGUCUUCGGGGACAAAAUCUAAGCGACUCACAGUUCGCUCAGGAUGACGUUGAGCUUCGCCUUGUUGAGGUAGAUGAAAGCAGUGAGUUUUUGCCUUUGGUGUAUGAUCCUGAUAGUAUCUCUGCUUAUUGGGGAAAACGGCCACGUGCUGUUUUGACACGUGUAACCCAAUUACUCUCUGUUGCUGGGGGUUUUCUCUCGCGUCUUGUGUGGGAUAUUAUAAACAAGAAGGUCAAGGAGAAUGAAGUUGCUGGAGCCAUUGAAUUAAGGGAAAUUGUAACCUCUUUGGGUCCCGCAUAUAUCAAACUUGGGCAAGCUUUGAGCAUUCGACCUGAUAUACUGUCACCUGCUGCAAUGACUGAGCUACAAAAGCUUUGUGAUAAGGUUCCUUCAUUUCCAGAUGAUAUAGCUAUGGCUCUCAUUGAGGAGGAGCUUGGUCAGCCAUGGCCUAACAUCUACUCUGAGCUUUCUCCUUCUCCAAUUGCUGCUGCAUCUCUCGGGCAAGUAUAUAAGGGACGGCUGAAAGAAAAUGGAGAUCUCGUGGCUGUUAAAGUGCAACGGCCUUUUGUUCUUGAAACAGUGACUGUUGAUUUGUUUGUCAUACGCAACUUGGGUUUGGUUCUCAGGAAGUUUCCUCAGAUCUCGAUAGAUGUGGUUGGAUUAGUUGAUGAAUGGGCAGCUCGUUUUUUUGAAGAGCUGGAUUAUGUUAAUGAGGGUGAAAAUGGAACAAUCUUUGCUGAAUUGAUGAGGAAGGACCUUCCACAGGUAGUUAUACCAAAAACCUACCAGAAAUAUACUUCAAGAAAGGUUCUUACUACAGGAUGGAUAGAUGGAGAAAAGUUAUCUCAGAGUACUGAAAGUGAUGUUGGAGAACUGGUUAAUGUUGGAGUCAUAUGUUACCUGAAGCAGUUGCUUGAUACUGGAAUGUUUCAUGCUGAUCCUCAUCCUGGGAAUAUGAUUCGUACUCCAGAUGGGAAGCUUGCCAUUCUUGACUUUGGUCUCGUCACUAAAUUAACUGAUGAUCAGAAGUAUGGAAUGAUCGAGGCAAUUGCUCACCUUAUCCAUCGUGACUAUGCUGCCAUAGUUAAAGACUUUGUCAAGCUUGAAUUCAUUUCAGAGGGGGUUAAUCUAGAACCUAUUUUGCCAGUUCUGGCCAAGGUUUUUGAUCAGGCUCUUGAAGGUGGAGGAGCAAAAAAUAUCAACUUCCAGGAGUUGGCAUCAGAUUUGGCUCAAAUCACAUUCGACUAUCCAUUUAGGAUACCCCCUUAUUUUGCUCUUAUAAUUAGGGCAAUUGGGGUCCUGGAAGGCAUAGCUUUAGUAGGAAAUCCUGAUUUUGCCAUUGUGGAUGAGGCCUAUCCGUAUAUUGCCCAGAGGCUCCUGACUGAUGAAUCCCCACGGCUAAGGAGUGCGUUGCGUUAUACAAUAUAUGGGAAAUCUGGAUUGUUUGAUGCGGAGAGAUUUAUUGAUGUGAUGCAAGCCUUUGAAACUUUCAUAACUGCAGCUAAAAGUGGAGGUGGAGAGGAACUGAAUGGUGAAAUGGCUGAACUUGGUAUUCUGCAAGGUCAAACCGCGUCACCCUUUCCCGGAUUUAUGUCAAAUGGCCAACCAAUACAAACAAGGACGGCUUUAGCAUUUUUACUGUCUGAUAAAGGGAGCUUUUUCAGAGAAUUUCUUCUGGAUGAGAUUGUGAAAGGCAUUGAUGCAGUUACGAGGGAACAAUUGGUUCGUACAAUGGCUAUUCUUGGAUUGGGGAAUCCUACCCCAGUUUUCGGCAUGGUUCCUACCUUUGGGCUGUUCAAGCCAGCAGGACUUGUACCAACAAUAACCGAAGAGGAUAGAGUUAUAUUGAACAACGUCCAAACAAUACUCGAGUUCCUGACUGCGGGAAGUUCCAUGUCAAGGAUAUCAAAUCAGGGUUUGAAUGUGUCCCAGGUUAUCCAAGAGCUUCUUCCAGUUUUGCCGAGCAUCUCUUCCAAAGUGCUCCCUGAAGUGCUCAGUCGAUUGUCUUCACGGGUAAUAGCACGCGUGAUUCGAGAUACAAUUUGGUAACAAACUUUUUGUAGGCUACCAGCUUGAACACCUCAAUUGUGCAUAUAUUAAAAUGUAUAAGGUACAAGUCGAAUGUCUAGUCUAACCUUGUCUUAGGUGCAUUUCUUAUGCACAACAGUUGCCAAACACCGAAAUUGAUGUUGUAUAUAAUAUUUUUGGAAGAAAUGAAGGCAUACUAAAAGUCGGGUUGAAGCCG